AUGGAGAUACUAGGGUUGCAUGCCCCGCAAAAUGCCAUGAUGCUUCUGGGUCAAUGCUUCCAGCGACCAAUUUACCAUCUCUCAUCUCUUUCAACCCCAAGUGAUCCACUCGACGGCUUACCACCACCUUACACAGAGUACGACCCGCAGUCUGCGGCUCAAACGCCCCAAUAUGAGAUACCAUCCUAUACUGCAUGUGAAGAUAUCAGCACAUCAGCAACGGCCAAAUUACCAUCUGCCAUGAACGGAUACUUUCAAUGGAAACUUACAACCACAUUUCAUCUUGGGCCGACCGCGGACGAAAAGCUAUACGCGGUUGUCUUCAAUAACAAAACUACCAUCAUGUUACACGAUGGUCCAACUAACAAGCACCCAUUAAUGGCAAUGGCUCAGAGUGACAGAUGGGGAAGGAGCAGACCCGUCGUUAUCACACUCCCACUUCGUCCAGGGUCUCAGCAUCAAGACUCCACCGUGGAACAGGUCGUUCCCGGCGGACCGUUGAAGCACUUUUCACCUAGCCACAUGUUCGAAAUAUCCGUGGGUCCAAAAGGAACAGCACGGGGGAGGUUUGAGUGGCGUAACAGCCAUGGCAACGAAAUCAAAGAACCUGUCGGUUUUUCAUAUGGAUGGAAAUUGGUGCGGUUGACAGGACCGGUGAACAAUGUAGCCGGGAGCAGAAAGGAGCGCGCCCGGGGUUAUACAAGCGAUGGAUUAGAGAUUGUGGCUCUCAUCGCACACAACGCUUCUUGGAGCAUGACCAAAGGGUUUUGA